UAAACUCGAGAUCGGUUUUUCUCAUUCCGAUUGGUUGAAUUCAAAUUCGGUCUCGUUCGCAAUUUGAAAUCUGUGGACGCGGGUUUGAUGCGAUUGCGAUACGAACUUCAGAAAAGCGGGGUGAAUGUUUAUGUAUUUUGUAAUCGAUCGAUGUGCGAGAAGUGUGGAAGAAGUUUAUAUAUAUUAUAUAUAAAAGCGAAUUAACAAAUACACAAAAUUGAAACAAUGCAGACGAACGAUCCGAUGAAUACACGUAAGAGAAACACCAGCACCAAUCAGUGGAACAAUCGAAAGAAACAUAAGAAAAUUGUGCUAGAACCGGGUAUGACCGGGUUCUUGUGCACGUGCAACUUCUACGAGAGGGGCUGUGUUACCGAUGCCUACAAACUGCUCAAUUUGUUUGCAAAUGAGAAAUCCACCACGUCGGAGAUAUCCAAGGAAUCUGAAGUGUCAACAAGUGUAAGCGAUGAUAAAGGAACAGAGAAGAAUGUGGAAGAUACCGAGAAGGAGGAAGAUACCGAGAAGGAGGAAGAUGAGGGAGAAGAGGGAGAUGCUGAGAAAGAGGAGGAAGAUAUAUCGACUAGUUUGGAAAAAGAAAUCAAGCAACUUAAAACGUUGCAUGAAACACCACCGUCUUUUCGAAAAUUUCAAAUGGUGGAUACGGGUGUGAAAAAUAUGAUUUUCAUAAAAACCACUUUACCAGAUCCACUAGAACUGGUCACCAAAAUUGUGACUCACUUAGAUGCGACCAAAGAACAGUGUAGUAGAUAUUUAUUGAGAUUGCUUCCAAUUGAACUUGUGUGCAAGGCUUACUUAAAUGACAUAAAAACAAAAGCGAGCCUGGUGUUCGAAAAGUACUUCACUAAAGAACCUAAAACGUUCAGCAUUGUCUUUAACCGCCACAGCAACAAUUGCAUCAAGAGAAUUGAAGUUAUCGAAGACUUGGCGGAAAUAAUUAUGCAAAAAAAUACAGGCAACAAAGCGGAUUUGAAAAAUCCUGAAAUCGCUGUGGUUGUCGAGGUGAUACGUGGAGUUUGCUUGCUUUCUAUUGCUCCUUAUUAUUACAAGUUUAAGAAAUACAAUCUGCUUGAAAUAUGCAACAGCAAUAAACCCAAGGACACGCAUAUCUCUUCUAACGAGACUGCAAGUUCAGCGGUCGAAGAAGAUGAUAAAAAAAGCUCUGACACUGUUGCACCAAGUGCGGAGAAAGAAGAAAAUUCUUCUGCCGUUGAUACUGGUUGUGAAAAUCAAACUUCGGAUGCGCAAGGUGACGAGCAAACGACGGCGGAGGCUUGAUACUCAGAGUCAACAUCUCAACCUCCUCACAACGCGGUACAUUUAUAAAAGAUUUACGACUUGCGUGUAUAUAAAAUAUACAAUUCUACGUGUGUUAUAAAAAAAAAAAAAAAAAAACCCUUAAUUUUCUAUACUUUUAUAUAAAAUGUUUAACCAGAGAAAACAAAGAUUGUAAUGUGAUAUUAUCUUAAAUGAUUAAAUUUUCCUUUAUUAAUAAUGUUACAAGGGAAAAGUACAAAAAAAAGUGGUUUAUUUUAAUAAAUAUACAGAUGGUAUUGAAAAAGUACCACUUGUGUUAGUUAUUAAAUGCCACAAAAUUAUAACGAGAAUGUGUUGGUAUGGUCGGGGGGAUACUUUACAGACAAAAGAAACCUAUAUAGGAUGUAUACAAAAUUAUGUAAAGUACAAUUAUAAUAUUAGACAGAGACAAAGAUAGCAUCAGUUUUAUUACGCCGAGUACGACGCAAUUGUUCUUAACCUUAUAUAAAUUUUUAUACAUUUUUAUGUGUACGAAA